AUGUCAAAUAUAAGUCAACAAAAACAUUGCCAAAAAGAGUUUACAACUUAUUUUCCACGUGUAAUAAUAAUACAACAACGACAAUCAAAGGUUUUUUAUAAGUUUGAUCAAUUAUUGUGGUUCAAGAAUUUAAAAAAUUGGGGAUUUGAAAUAAGUAAUAGGCUAACAAAACGUAAAUAUUCAAAAUCGUCAACAUCAACGUCAACAGUAAUAAAACCAAGAAUUCGAUUGGAGGAAAAGAAAAAAAAAGGUUGUUUACGAUACAUUAUACAAUUGAUCAAAGAAUUUCGUGAAGAUUUAUCAUGUGAUCGACAUGAUAGAGUUUGGUUCACAUAUAAGAAAAUAUCCGAAUUACACGCAAUUCGUACAUUGACUUUGAGGGAUCGAUUGAGAUUGAUAAAAAGUUUAAGAAAAUCUGAUUCAAGGAUUUUUGUUUUGUAUUGGUUGGAUAGGUUUCUUGAAGAUAUAAAUUCAAGAAAUUUGAGAUUGAACAGACGUACCUACGAAACAAUCAUAUUGUUGUAUGGACAUUGGAAAGAAAAUAUCAAGGCCGAAAAUAUCUUUAACAAGUUACGUAAUGACAAACAUAUUUUAUUAAAAGUUAAUACAUAUAAUGUAAUGUUAACUAUUUAUGCAUAUAUAGGUAAUUUGCAACGUAUAAAUGAGUUAAUCGAUGAGAUGAAGUGUAAUUCUAUUCUACCAAAUUUAAUAUCUUUCAAUAUGUUAAUAUUGGCAAAUGUAAAAAAUAAUAAUUUUCAAGAAAUUUAUGUAAUUUUAGAAAAAAUGUUAACACAACAAAUUGAACCUGAUAUAAUCACUUUCAACAUAAUAAUUCAUGGGCUGUUGGAAAAAAACGAUUUCAAAGGUGUAGAACUUUAUUUAGAAACAAUGGUCAGAAUAAAGGUAAAACCAAAUGUUCAACUGUUUGGUAAUAUCAUGAAGAAUUAUCUUAGAUUGAGAGAUAUUCAUUCCGUCAAAAGAUUAUAUAAAAAAAUGAUAGAGCUUGAGGUACAACCUGAUUUAGAAAUUUAUCUUAUCUUGAUGUUGGCAUAUUUUCAUGAUGGCAAUAUCAAACAAGUAUUAGAAAUGAAGCAGAGGCUAAUUUUUAGUAAAUUAACAUUUCUAAGAGCCUAUAAUAAUCUUAUUAAUGCUUUUAUUAGGAUAGAUGAUAUGAACCUUGCGUUAAAAACUUUUGAUCAAAUAAAAGAGAAUGGACUAUCACCAAAUCUAAUUACAUAUAAUACUUUGAUUACUGGCUUUGUAAAUAAAAACAAUAUCAAAGAAGCGUAUAAAUAUUUUGGGGAAAUGAUUAGGCAAGGCAUUUUCCCAAAUGUAAAUGUUUUCAAUACAUUGUUGAGAGGCCAUCUACAAACAAUGGGGAUAUCAUCUGUUGAACCUUUGGUCACACUGAUGACCAAUUAUAAAAUAGCACCAGACACUUUCACAUAUACAAUAUUAAUGAAACAUAUUAAAGAGCAAGGAAAUAUUAAUGAUUUUGAGAAGGCAAUCAAUUAUUAUCAACGAAUGUUGGAAAAAUCCAUUAGACCUUCUGAUCGUACUUUGAACACACUACUAGACCUUGUUGUUAUGAGAGAUAUACGAGAGAAAAAAAAACAGAUAUUUAAAGAGCUUGAAACAUUAGGAUUUGCGAUGGACGUUGUAACUUGUUCUAUUUUAAUGAAGAAUUUUGUGUAUCAUGAGAAUAUGAUUGAUGCAGAAAAACUAAUGAAAAUAAUGAAUGAUCAAAAUAUCAAUCCGAAUGAAUAUAUCUUUAAUUUAUUGGUGUAUGGAUAUGCCAAGAUAAAAAAUAUGAACAUGGCACAGGAAAUUGUUGAGAAAAUGAUUGAAGCAGGGUUUGUAAAAGAUAUAAGAAUUUAUACGUCAUUGAUCAAUGGAUAUGUUGAAAUCGGCGAGAUUAAUAAAGCGUACAAGGAAUUUGAAGAGAUGAAACAAAAUAUUUUGGAAUUCGAUAAUAUUGCUUAUACUUCUUUAAUGAAUAUGUUUGCUGUAGAAAACUAUAUUUCAAAUGUUCAAAAGAUUUUUGAUCAUAUGAAAGAAUUGAACCUACCAGUCGAUAAAGUCACAUACACUGUACUUAUGAAAGGGUAUGCUUUACUGGGUAGAGUGAAAAACGUUUGUUCUAUUCAUGAAGAGAUGAUAAGUUUAGGGUAUGAAAUUGAUCCCAUGACUAUAUCCACUUUAUUAAUUGCUUAUAAUCAUCACGAUAAUGAUAAACAUCUUAAAAAAGAACAAUAUUAA